AUGCCACCGCACGAAUAUUCCACCUUCCCCGCCGAAGAAAUCAUGGCGGCCGGGAAGGAGGCGUUGAUCCCUACUGGCAGAGCCAGCGAAAUGUUCCGUCGCCACCAGUAUUCAUCCAAAGAAGAGGAAGAUUUGACAUCCGACGAGCUGGCGACGCCGGCGUACAGAGGGGUGAGGAGGAGGCCGUGGGGGAAGUACGCGGCAGAGAUACGGGACUCGACGCGGAACGGGGUGAGGGUUUGGCUGGGGACGUUCGACAGCGCGGAGGCGGCGGCGCUGGCCUACGACCAAGCCGCAUUCGCCGUCCGGGGUUCCAUGGCGGUGCUCAACUUCCCCGUCGAGAGGGUGAGGGAGUCGCUGGAACUGGAAGGGAGGGAAGAAGCAGCCGAAGAGUGCUCGCCGGUGCUGGCCCUGAAGCGCCGCCACUCCGUCCGAAGGAAGUCAACGUCCAAAAAGACCAAGGAGCCGGCGGCGGCGGGACAGAGCAAUGUGGUGGUGGUGCUGGAGGAUCUAGGAGCCGACUAUCUGGAGGAAUUGAUGGCGGCUUGCACCGACAGCCAUCGCUAA